AAAACCGGCUUGUUGAAGAACAAAAAUUGCUUUAAAAUUGAAAAUAAAACAGAAAAUUAAUAAAAAUCCAUUAAAUUUAAAGCUAAAGAGGCAUUUAGAGCAAAAAUGAAGGACACAGAAAUAUUGGAUCCAACAAAUACCGUAAAAAAUCGCGAAAUUUUGUAUCGACUCAUGAUUAGCCAACUUUUCUACGACGGUUAUCACAAUUUGGCUGUCGAAUUAACGAGCAUCAUUCGUGCGGAUCCUCCCUGUCCCCCAAGCGAUCGUUUAUUUCACGUAAUGAUGACGGGCAUGGCGAACGAGCGCAAGAAAAAAGACGAAGAACUCGCUUCCAUGGAAGGAACAAUGGGUUUAGAUCUCGAAUUCGAGACUGAAGGCUCCGCAUUAGCUCCCGAACCAGCAAGUUACGAAACUGCUUACGUUACUUCGCAUAAAGCGGCGUGUCGUGCGGGAUGUUUUACGUUCGAUGGACAACUCGUGGCAACGGGAAGUGUCGAUGCGAGUAUAAAAAUCUUGGAUGUUGAUCGAAUGUUGGCGAAAUCUGCGCCUGAGGAUUUAGAACCGGGUCGUUCGGAGCAUGGGCAUCCUGUUAUAAGAACACUUUAUGAUCACACAGACGAAGUUAGUGUUUUGGAAUUUCAUCCGUCGGAGCAAAUUUUGGCUUCCGGGUCGAGAGAUUGCACUGUGAAGUUGUUUGACAUCUCAAAAGCGAGUGUUAAAAAGGCACAUAAAGUUUUUACGGAUUGUGAGGCGGUGCGAUGUGUCAGUUUUCAUCCAACUGGAGACUAUUUGGCUGUCGGAACGAAUCAUUCGGUAUUGAGAGUUUAUGAUAUCUCGACGGGACAAUGUUUCGUGAGUCCCAUGGCUUCGCAGCAUCACAAAUCGGAGAUAACUUGCGUCAAAUAUGCCGUCACGGGAAAACUUUAUGCCACGGGAUCGACUGAUGGAUGCAUUAAAAUCUGGGAUGGCGUCAGCGGCAGAUGCAUCAACACAUUUAUUCAAGCGCACGACGGCUCCGAAAUUUGUAGCGUGGUUUUCACGAAAAACGGCAAAUAUCUCUUGUCAUCGGGAAAAGAUUCGCUCGUCAAGUUAUGGGAGCUCAAUACAAGUCGAUGUCUCAUUGCUUAUACGGGCGCCGGAACAACGGGCAAACAAGAACACAGCACACAAGCGAUUUUCAAUCAUACCGAAGAUUUUGUCUUGUUCCCCGAUGAAGUAACGACGUCGUUAUGCGCGUGGAAUUCGCGAAAUGCAUCAAGAGCUCAUUUGAUGUCACUCGGGCAUAAUGGUCCAGUGCGUCACAUUGUUCACAGUCCAACACACGCCGCAUUCCUGACAUGCUCCGAAGAUUACAGAGCGAGAUUCUGGGUUCGAAGACAAACGAGCCAUUAAAAAAUAUAACAACAAAAAAAUUGUAAUUCAAGAAACCGUAAAAUUUUAAAUAAAAUAA